GCUGAAAAUGACUGAAUAUAAACUUGUGGUAGUUGGAGCUGGUGGCGUAGGCAAGAGCGCCUUGACGAUUCAGCUAAUUCAGAAUCACUUUGUGGACGAAUAUGACCCGACUAUAGAGGAUUCCUACAGGAAACAAGUAGUAAUUGAUGGAGAAACCUGUCUCCUGGACAUUCUCGACACGGCAGGUCAAGAGGAGUACAGUGCCAUGAGGGACCAGUACAUGAGGACCGGGGAGGGCUUUCUGUGUGUCUUUGCCAUAAACAAUACUAAGUCAUUUGAAGAUAUUCACCAUUAUAGAGAACAAAUUAAAAGAGUCAAAGACUCGGAAGAUGUACCUAUGGUCCUAGUAGGAAACAAAUGCGAUUUGCCUUCUAGAACAGUAGACACGAAGCAGGCUCAGGAUUUAGCAAGAAGUUACGGCAUUCCUUUCAUCGAGACCUCAGCCAAGACCAGACAGAGAGUGGAGGAUGCUUUUUAUACAUUGGUGAGAGAGAUCCGACAGUACAGAUUGAAAAAACUCAGCAAAGAAGAAGAGACUCCUGGCUGUGUGAAAAUUAAAAAAUGCGUAAUAAUGUAAUCUGGGUGUGGACGAUGCUUUCUAUACAUUAGUUCGAGAAAUCCGAAAACAUAAAGAAAAAAUGAGCAAAGAUGGGAAAAAGAAGAAAAAGAAGUCAAAGACAAAGUGUAUAAUUAUGUAAAUACAGUUUAUACUUUUUUCUUAAGGCCUACUUAAGUAAAAGUGGUAAUUUUUGUACAUUACACUAAAUUAUUAGCAUUUGUUUUAGCAUUACCUAAUUUUUUUUUCCUUCCCAUGCGAACUGUUAGCUUUUAUCUUAAAUGCUUCUUUGAAAAUGACAGUGGAAACUUUUUCCUCUUAAGUGCCAGUAUUUCCCUGAGUUUUGGUUUAUGAACUAGCAAUGCCUGUGAAAAAAAAUUACUGAGCACCUGAGAUUUCAUGCCUCGGGUUUUGGUGCAUGCAAGUCGAUUUUUUCCCUAAUUUUCUUAACAAUGGUGAGCGCUGGUGUGAAACACCAGGCUCUGGAAUCUUCCCUCCCGUGCGCUCAUCUAGUCGCAUCAGUGGGCUCCGGAGCCAUUACAGCUUCAGUAAUGACUUCAGCUUCAGGCGGGUUUUUCUGGAACAGGGAAGGAUCCCAAACGGAUGGGCUUCCGGGGCCUCGUCUUCACCUUUCCUGCCCUCAUCCUGGUCACUCUCCCAAAGAUAUAUUUUUUAUAAAAAGGGGGGAAAAUGGGGGAAAAAAUAAAAAAAGACCCAAGGCAAUUAAAAAUAAUAGAAGAGCAUUGACGUUUUUCUACAUUGGGUAAAUGACUGUAAGACUUCUCUUAGCUUUUCCUGCUAAGGGAGACUCAGUACAAAAAUGGGGAUCCCAGCAACCAUUUGGUGGGGGCGUUCACCCCACACUCCUAAAUGUGUAUAGUGAUCCAGAACCAUUUUAACACAUUAAAAAGAAAUUCUCAUGGGAAUGAAGUGUAGCCCCCCGUGUCUGACUGCUCUGUCUAGCCUGUUAGUCUGUCUGUGAAAAUCACUUUAAUUUUAGUCAUGAUACUUAAGAUGGUUUGAGCCAGUUCUAGAGAAGCGGGGGACGAGGAGACGCGGGUUGUGAGGCCAGCCCCCCCGCGAAGCUUUGUGCUUCACCCAGGUUUCACAGCAUAGCCCAUGCACCCCCAUGAUCAAAACGUGAAUCAGCAGAGGGAGUUCUUGGAGAACUUAACGAGAUGAGUUCUCGUUUGGUGGGCCUACCAAACAUCGGGAGCCUCACUUCUUCGUUUUUUCUUACUAGAAUU